CUUAAUUUGGUUUGAAAUCGACGCGGUACGUCGAAAGCAUCUCAGAUGGCCGGGAAGAGCGAUCUUGACCGUCAAAUCGAACAGCUAAGAGCAUGUAAACUUAUCACUGAAGACGAAGUUAAAGCACUUUGUGCGAAAGCCAGAGAGAUCCUAAUAGAGGAAAGCAAUGUCCAAUGCGUUGAUUCUCCAGUGACUGUUUGUGGCGAUAUUCAUGGUCAAUUCUACGAUUUGAUAGAACUUUUCAAAGUUGGUGGUGAUGUUCCAGACACGAACUACCUUUUCCUGGGCGACUUUGUCGACCGUGGUUAUCACAGUGUUGAAACUUUCCUACUCCUCCUUGCCCUAAAGGUGAGAUACCCAGACAGGAUAACUCUCAUACGAGGAAACCAUGAGAGCCGACAGAUAACAAUGGUUUAUGGAUUCUACGAAGAAUGUCUGAGGAAGUAUGGUUCAGCAAUGGUGUGGAGACAGUGUACUGAAAUAUUCGACUAUCUAUGCCUUUCUGCUAUUAUUGAUGGAAGAAUAUUCUGCGUUCAUGGCGGUCUAUCACCUACAAUCACAACACUGGAUCAGAUUCGUACAAUUGAUAGAAAACAGGAGGUCCCACAUGAUGGUCCAAUGUGUGAUCUUUUAUGGUCCGAUCCAGAGGAAACAGCAGGUUGGGGAGUAAGCCCAAGAGGUGCAGGUUAUCUAUUUGGCUCUGAUGUUGUGGCUAAUUUUAAUCAGACGUAUUAAAACAACUUCAUGUCUAUAACGUCCAUGAUUUGUGCGCAUCCCAACAGCACAUAAAAUGAAUGUUAUUUCUGAAGUCUCUAGAACUACAUAAUUAACUGUAAACUCUAACUGUUCUGUUUCCUUAAACCGAGAUUUCCAUCAAAGUUUUUGAGGUAAGUGGCGUAUCAGACUUCUGUGAUCUGUUUUACACCCUUCUUAAUACUAACUACGAACUCCGCCCAGCAACUUUGUGUACAUCUGCGUGGCGAGCAGUGAGCCACAUCUAUUGUUUGAGGGCUAACAAUACUACCUGGCUGCCCUAACCUUGGCAGGUGGGGGGUUCGAACCCGUGACCCAUUGGCUGGGAUUCAACCCCCUAAACCAACUAAUUAGCCAGUACAUUUUUGUGACUGAAAGCUUCUCUUCUGCGUUGCUGGUAUACAACAACUAUGAUAUAUCACAUUUUAUACACCUUUGGUCGCCUAAUCUUGUUAGGUUUAUAUGUGAAUGAAAUUAGGUAUGGUUCAUAAGUGGUUUUGAAUGUUAUCGCAAUAAUUGAUAAAGCCCACAAUUAAAUUCAUGUUAGCAGGUAUUUCUUGAAGCAGAACAUGACAGGUGAUCAAGCAAUGCAUCCAACUUUGUAACGAACAGUUUUGUCGCUCUAAAUUAAUUGUCUAGAAUUUCGGAUUAUUAAACACUAGUUUUUUAUUCCAGAGGACACUAAAAGAAUGGGAUUUUUUCAACUUUAUAAUAUAGAAAGUGAAGAUUGCUUCCAGCCGAAUGAAUGACAAUAAUUCAGUGUCACAUUGUUAGAGUAGAUCACAUGACCUCGUCUGCUAUCAUUUCUUCAUCUGAUUAGUUUUUCAGUUCUACUCUGAUUUUUAAUAAUUAGCAGUUGACCACUUCUCCUACUAGCCGAAAAAUGACCUGUCGUUUUAGUGUAGUACUACAGCGCUUUGCGUUGAUUAUAGCUUGAUAUUUAAGCACCAAACCUUUGAGAAUGUUGGUAAUCUAAAGGAAACACUUCACUAUCGUCCCACUUCGCUGCAUCCAGUGUUUCAGCUUCUCAGUUUGAUCGGUUCCUACACAUCUUUUCAGCUGAAUUAUGAAGCUGUGGUUUCAUUUGUCUUGACACUAAGCAUUCAACCUGAUAAGUGGCCCGGCAUUUGGAUCCUACCUUCCCUCUGCAGACAGGUAUUACUGCUAGUGACCACUUAAUGAGCUUAUCGUUCGUUUCAUAUCAAUUGAAUCAUCGAGGCAGUGAGUGCUAGUGUUGAUACUAAAAUGACAGUUAUCAAGCGGCAUUAUUCAGUAGCAAUGUCGUUAUUACUUCACCUUUGUAGCAAUAUGAUCCACACUUUUCAAUACCGAUGUAGCCAACGAUAAAGUGAAAAUCAAUAUCUUGCUCUAUCGCAAAUCUAUAGUGUUUUGCGCAGUAUGAGGAAAGUAUCCCCAGGUUUCAUCUGACAAAAGAGUGAGAAGCCUGUUUGUUGCAGCAAAAAAAGGGUAAUUUAAUUAUUUUGUCCGAGAUAUUAACCCUCAAACCCCAUGGUUGCUGUGAAGAGGGUACAGUAAGCUCAAGAAACAACUAUGCGAACAAAAAUCGACUGUAUAAACCCACUGACUUACAACUUAUCGAAAGACACAUUAAGGACGCUUUUCUCACCCUUUGAUUUUGCAUCCAUACACCCCCUGACUUGGAGCAGCUAUACGGUAAAAGCCUCAAAUAUGCCUGCGACACUAGACUGAAGUAGGUGAAGAAUAGUGUUAUCCCAGCACCCAUUUAAUGAGAGUCAAGUGUUUAAGCCAAUAAGAAUAUACGAAUUGAAGCAUUUGCAUCUGACCUAAUGAGUACAGUAAAGCAUUUUAGUAUUUUUAUAGCUGCAUUUGACUUCAAUAAUCUAUGAUCAAGAAAUCAAAGACAGGGAAAACAAGAUAGUAGGGUGCUAACCAGAAGAAUGUAAAAACUGUCCGUUUUCGCUACCGGCAAAUAUGACCACAAAAAGACUCCCGCAUUUGAAUAACCAGUUGCCUGGGAACUCACAUAAGAAUCAAGGCUCAUACUGACCUGUAGAAAAACUAAAGACAUAAGGUAAGUGUUGAAAUUCGUGAUCCUGUUUAGUCUCUUCUUUCCCACUUAACAAGCAUAGUUCGUUAUAGUUGUCUCGAGAGAAAAUGUCCCAGGAUAAGAUUCUAAGUGUUUUAACGUUCUGAAAAUGCUUCUUAUAUUUCACUACAUCAGUAAUCAUCUUGUUAUCUUUUUCCAAUGGUUGUUCUGUUCGUUCAUAGACCGUCUUUUGUAGACAAUCCAACUAAUUUUUCUGGUAUUUUAAUGAAUAGUAGGUGUCGCUGUACCACCAGUCUCUACAUGUUAAUCACUCAUGGCUACGUGACGUAUGUAUUUUUCAUUUAGUGUAAGCAGAUACCGUCUUCAAUACAAAUACUUCUAUCGAGUAGCAUAGAACACAUUGGUUAUGGCCCAUCGGUGCAAUUCUUUCAUGAUCGGGAACUCAACUUCAAGUUGGUAAAAGUCAAAAUCUGCUACUAUAAUUGAAGAUUAGUGUUGAUUUGAUGAGAUAUAAAGGGUAAGGUUAAUUGUAACCGUAGUUCACUCACUGACUUGUAUAGUAGACUUUAACUUCGAACAAGGUAGAUACGGGUUCAGUGGCUUAUUUAUUCGACCGUCCUAUCUUUAAUUUUUUUGUUCCUUCUCCGAUCUGUACAACCGUUUGAUUUCAUGAAAUCUCAUGUAUUAAGUGUGGCUCAUAGCCUGUUUCAUAAACCUGUACCUAGUUGAGUUGCAUUACAUUAAUAUAGUGCUCCAAUCGAUGUGUCUUCGGCGUCUAUCAUGUAACGAGACAUUUCAACCCUAUUCAUUGGGAUGUUAAUGUAAAUGUAGUAUAUUAUUUUUCUGUCUAGCUCAAUCGAAUCGAUUUCAUUU